AAGACGUAAUAAAAUAUAACUAAAUGAAAUAUCAUUUAUUCAAAAUUAAAGGUAAGUGGUGGACAGACUUUGCAAAGUAUGUUGAUAAAUAUAUUUGCAACAAAUUACUUACAUAACAUCCUUAAUACCAUAUCAACUAUUUUAAAGUUGUGUGUUUAUUUUUAUUUUUUUUAUUAAACAUGUGAUUUUGCUUUCAAAGUAUUGAAUUGCAGGGUUUAACUUGCCAUACUAUAAUGUAAAAAAACACUUAAUUAUGCAGAAAAGUAUAAAUAAUAUUUGAUCAUUUACAUGGAAUAAUGUAACUGUUUAUUAAUGCUUUACCCUAUUUAUAUUCUGUUACUUGGACGUUACGACUAUUAUAGGUUUAGGUCUUUGGAUAAACAUUCAAUAAAUGAACUGAAUUUUCUUCCAUAAAUUAAUGUCUGGAACAUAAAUAUUUAUUUGACAAACGAAUCUCUGUUUUUAAUGGGUAAAAAAUGAAAAUAAAAGCAAUAAGGAUAUUAAAUUUGUGAUGACUCUUAAUGAGUGCCCAAGAAUGUAAAAUUUAAAUAUGGUUUUGAGAAUUUCGGUUUCGGGGGCAUCAGGCUUAAGCGUUUAUAAACCUAAAAGUUAAUAAACCUAAAAUCUAAUUAACCUAAAAGGUAAUAAACCUAGAAGUUAAUUAACCUAAAAUUUAAUAAACCUAAACAUUAAUAAACCUAAAAGUUAGUAAACCUAAAAUUUUAAAGCUAAAAGUUAAUAAACAAUUUAGUUAUUAAUCUAUCAUAUAUUUAUUUAUUUAGGCAUUUUUAUAUAGCGCUUACCUUAAAGCUCUAAGCGCUUUACAAUUAUUAAAAACAUGUAAACUACAAUAAAAAUGAGACACUAGGAUAGUAACUACUAUACUAUAGAAACAAUUAAAAUGGCUAUAAAACGAGGACACUUUGGCACGUUUUGGCCUAUAUUACAGAAUUAACCCGAGACAGAAAAUGAGGCAGGGCAAGGAGGGUGCAUCACGGGUCAUAGGCGGACCUAAACAGAUGGGUUUUAAGGGACUUUUUAAAAGUGGACGAGGUUUCACGUAUUAAGUAAACGGGUUUCCGUUCAAAAGCUAGAAACUAGAUGAACAUUAUAAAAAUAGCAUGUGCCCCUUCUUAUAUAAAUUGAUUAAAUACCUUUGAAUUACAAUGGGGAAAAAAAUUGAAAAGUUUGUGAAAAUUUAAAGUAAAAAAAAUUAAUUAAUAAAUAACCAUUUGUAUGUCUUCUCAGCUAAGCCAGACUGAGGUCCAAAUUAGCAUAAGCGAACAAUGGGGACGUACACGUGCAGGCUUGUCACCAGCUGGAUCAUGUUCUCGUUGGCUCUGAGCGCCUUAGUCAUCGCCAUGCUCCUUGAAGGCUGGGGCCUGUACACCAACAAGGUCACCGACAUCAAUCAUGAAUUCGGACUCUUCAGGAAAACGUAUUACGAGUACAACUUUAACGUCAACGUGGAAGUGUACACUCUAGGUGCAGGUAAGUCACCACUUGUACUGAAAUGUGGCACGAGAGACUUUGGUCCAGACUUUCACCAAACGGACAGCGGCAAUAAUGACGAACAGGAAAAUAACGCUUGUAUAUUCUCGAUAAAAAAUCGUGCGAAAGAAAAGUUGCUCACGUGGUAAAGCCUGAAAUAUUGCAGCCCCCCCCCCAUCCUCCUCCCACCUUUCAACAAUAAAAGUUCAAAUAAUACACAGACAUUAAUUUGUUUUUAAUCUAAGAGAAGGAAACUCUGAAAUCAAACCCGGAGAUGGAGCCCCGAAAGGCGGAUAACAUUGAUACAAUGAAACAUUCCGACAACUCCUGCGACGUCACUGGUGCCAAGCUGUAUCAUCCAAUGAUGUUCCCUUGGGUUAUCCAGCGGCGUGGAGAGAGACGAUUUGCUGUUGGGAACCAGCUUAUAAUCCUUGAAGAAUAAUCCCAGGCCAUGUGGAUUUCGUCCGAAGCCCACUCCAUCGUCACAUUGUGACGGACGGAUGCUAGCAAAAAAAUUGUUAAUAUAUUUUCAUCAAGGUUUUGGAGGAUUUUGGCAAUCCCCUUAUGUCUUCACCCAUGGCAUUUUCCUUAAACGAAACAUGCAACGACUUUUGAUAUCUAACAGUUUAAUUCUAGCUGAACCUGUUCUGAAAGUUAAAUCAUUUGUUAUCUUUAGCUUAGAAUUAUUACGCGAUCGUAAAAAAAUGUCACUUUAAUUCGAAGUGAUGCUUCUUUUUUUCUUCGAAAUAUCAAAUUUUCAAAGAGUUCUGUUCCAUGCUGGAAAUCUUAAGGUUUUCACGUGUGUAAAUAACCGAGCUCGUCCCAUUAGUUCUGUAGUUCUGGGAGAUGUUAUGCCUCAACGGGUAACUGGAGCAUGUGUACUGCUCAAAGCGACAAAAUCACGAGAAAAGCAGGCAGCGUUCGGAACGAUACAGCAGGUUUUGUCUUUGCUGUGUAAAUUUUUUGUUUUUAAAUUCACGUUCAAUGUUUCCAAAGACUGUCCCCUUCCCUCCUCCCGGUAGUUUGGCUUUUAAUAGUAUGAAUUAUUGACAUAAAAUAUCCUGAUCUGAAACCAAAUGUUUCUUACAAAUAUCGUUACAUGACUUAGUUUUUUUUUUUAAACUAUAAAUGGUUUCAAUGAAUUCUAACUAUAGAAACGUAUAGAAACCAAUGUUAAAAUGCAUGUGCUUUCUUUGAACAGCAUUCUCAACAGCCAUUUUUGCCGUGACCAUCGUUGCUAUUCUGUUGUGUGCCAUCUGUGUCUUGCUGUCCUUCAUCAUGAUGUGUGCCGACUGCUGCUGCAGGGUGACACAGUGCAUGGCCGUCAUACCCAAAAUAACCAUGGCCUUUGCGCUCAUAGCAGGUUGGUUUACUAUAGUUAGCCAGUCUUCGACCUUCCACUUUCAGCACAUGUGUAGAUUGCUUACCAGUGACUAGUAUGUACUGUUACAUUUGAAACGACUUAGUUGUAAAUUACGCUUGACAUACUAAUCUAGGGAAAUAAGGAAGAAUUUUUUUUUUACUAGCUGAUUUACCCGGCGUUUUACUGGUUGCAUUCGGAUAAUAGAAAACGUUAAAAGUUUUCAAAUUUAAUAAUGGCCAAGCAAUAAGAAAUAUAAUAAAAAGGAAGAAGGUUUAACCAUUCACACAGAAAUGAAAAAUGCACAUCAUUAAUUACAGUAAAAUUAUAUAGAGAGUAAAAAAAAAAAAAUUAAAUAUGAAAAUUAAACACGGCAACAAGAAGGAAAAAGACAAUAGGCGCAAAAAUACAAAAUAAACAAUAAUAGCUUAAACACUCAUUAGAAUAUCAAUGCAUUGUAAAAAAAUAAUUAAAUACGAAAAAAUCAAUAUUGCGUAACAACUUCGAUGCCACUAAUGACUUGGACUUUCUAUUAUUUAAGAUAACAUAACUAAUAAACACGUAGGUACGAGACUCAAUGUAGUAAUGGAAGCUGCAGUCAUGAAAAUUGAUGUUAAAUAGGUUUAAAUACAGUCGACUGCAAAAUAACGGUAAAAAUGUAAUCGUAGAGGGACAGAAAUGGAAAUGCAAGUAAUGAGAGCCUGAAGGACAGUAUUUGGAUUAUAAAAAGUCAGUGAUUGUCUCUAAGAAACAUUUACCACAGGGGCAAUUACAGAUGCGUACAGUAGUCCCUAAAUGGAAGAAGACGGGCACAGAGUUCUAUUGUAGUCUCUACAUGUACGAAGACUGGUACUGAGUUCUAUUGUAAUCCUAAAUGGAAGAAUAUGGUCUCACAGUUCUACAGUAGUCCCUUUAUGGAAGAAGACGGGCACAGAAAUUAUCGUAAACCCCAAAUGGAAAAAUAUAGGCACAAGGUUCUAUUUUAGUCCCUAUAUGGAAGAAGACGGGCACAGAGUUCUAUAGUAGACCCAUAUAUGGAAGAAGACGGGCACAGAGUUCUAUAGUAGACUCAUAUAUGGAAGAAGACGGGCACAGAGUUCUAGAGUAGACCCAUAUAUGGAAGAAGACGGGCACAGAGUUCUAUAGUAGACCCAUAUAUGGAAGAAGGCGGGCACAGAGUUCUAUAGUAGACCCAUAUAUGGAAGAAGACGGGCACAGAGUUCUAUAGUAGACCCAUAUAUGGAAGAAGACGGGCACAGAGUUCUAUAGUAGACCCAUAUAUGGAAGAAGACGGGCAGAGAUUGCUACUCUUUUGAAACUAGGAGCUUAAAUAUCUAGGAAGUAUUUUCACCGUGUACAGAAAACUGAAAGGAGAGAUAGAGAUAUGAAUACAGCAGCAGAUUUCAGGCCCAACUCGCAUCACUUCUAAGACCCCAGAAUAUAAUGAUGGAGACCAAAGCUAGGAUAAUUAACACUGUCUGAGCUCUGAAGAGUAGCCAGUGAAAAAUAAAUUCCUUAUUAUUGCACAGCUGUUAACACAAGAAGGACCACAUUCGGAACCAAGAAAUAAGAACCACUUCUGGUGACAUACGAAUCACCCGGUAUAUUAUGGCCUAACAAAAAAUUAAUUGGUUCGGCCAACUGGCCAGAAUGCCUGUCAACCAACCUGAAUUGUAGGCUUACAAUAGCAGGAACUCAGGUUUCAGGGGCUUGGAUUGAUUGUAUUAGUACACCAUACACAUCUAUAAUUGAAGGACUGCUUUCAAGCUGUGUAAAUGAAAUAGUAGAACAAGUUAUGUUGAAGCUUGAAUCCAUAGACAGGACAACAUGAACCUCCGGCAGGCCUCACACCUUGCGGCCAUCCGUCAAAUAUACCUCCUGGUAGAAAAGCGGACAGAAGAAGAAGCAUGUGCUACUAUUGUGAUUCAUGUUCAUUGCUUCUUUACAUCAAUACCAUUUAAUUUGAUGACUUUAUUUGAUAGAUUUUCUUCAUCAAAACCUAUUAUCUUUAUUUCGCCCCGUAGGUCUCUUAGCCGAGUGUGGCUGCGUCCUGUUUCUCAUCGACAUCUAUGCUGUGGACCCACCCAAUAAAAAGUUCGACAUUGCAAUUUUUACCGACAUUGGUUACGUCCUACCCUACUACUGCUUCUACAUCGUGAUGGCCAUGGGCAUUCUGCUUAUGGUCGCUGGCUGUACAAACUUCGGGGCCAGACACGCCAGCAAGGUUGGGGUCGAAGACCAGAGGGCGAUCGCGAUAUCUGUGGUGGGGAGUCAGAGUCAGAGCCAGAGCCAGAGCGCCACAGCCAUCAAUCCCUACGCGCACCCUAACAACAUGCAGAUGAGCGGCUACUUCGCGCCACCCGCAGCCAUGCCAGGCCAGUUUCAGGGUUACCAGGCCACGACCAUGGGCUUCUUCCCACCAAAUAUGGGCUAUUAUGGCCCCAGACUCGUUGUGACCAACAUGUCCACCCAAACGUCAAGUACUGACAUACACAAAGCUGUGAAGUAUGAGGGAGGGAAAGGCCCUAAGAAGAAGUAACAGCCACUUUCAGUAAAAAAAUAUAAUAUGGCUUUUCUUUUUAUGAUGAAUUCUUAUUUUAAAGAAAUACCGCAAUUGUUUUAUUCUUUAUGCGCUCAAGUUUAAAAUCACCAUUUUAAGGAUAACAUUGGCCAGUUUUUUUUUAAAGUUUUUUUUUAAAACAUCCUUUGAUUAUUUUUAAAAUCAAAUUAAUUAUGUUUUCUUCUGGAAAUUAACUUUUUAAAUGAGAAAAAGGAAGGAUUUACGUUAAGGUCCCAUCUAUUUUUAAUUGUAACAAUAUGAACAAUUAAGUUUAUUUCAUAUUUUUAAAAGCAUUGAUGUGAUAUAAUAUUUAUACUUUCAUGUUACCAUAGGAAGUCUUGCAUUAUUAUUCAAUUUUCAAAAAUAAUCAGGCGAGAUGAUUAUGAUUAUUAAAACAAAAAUGGGAAAUAAUUAAUUUGAAUUUGUUCUUUUCAUUUUAUAUAUUGUAGACAAAUAUAACUAACAGUUGAAUAUUUUGUAUUCAAUAUUUUAUUAUGAACUUGUUAACUGUAUAAUAUCUUAUUUGAUCCAGUCCUCGAACUAUUGGAACUAUUUAUUUCCUUCAGAUAUUUACUUUCAUGUACCUUUUUGCUUUAAAAGUAAACCGAUUUCAGUCUUGACCGAUGCAUCAAACACUGAAUUUGCAGUAAUCCUCAAGAUAAAAGGGAAAUGAAUAUUUCGACCUUAAACAACUUCCUACUCUGAUCAGAGGCGUAGCGAGAGUGUUUGGCGCCCGGGGACAAGAUUUGCAUCCAGGGACAAGAUUCAUUUUAAAGCGCCUUCUUUUCCUUUCAACUCUCAAACCCAAUAUUUUCAUCAAUAAAAUAAUAUCAAAGCACAUUUUGGCGACCCUAUGGAACAUAUGUCCCUCCUGCCACCAACCCCUUCGUUACGCCUCUGACUCUAAUUUGAAAACCGGAGAUUUUUGUUUUAACUGUAGAUUUAACAAAUAGUUAUGAGAAUUUUUUUUAGUAACCAAUUUUUGUUAAGAUGUUUAAAUUUUUAGUGCAUAUCUGUAAUAAAAGAGGACAAUUUAUAGUUUGUGUUGCUCGAAGUGUACAUUUUAAAAGAUUAUUUUUUUUAACAAAUUAUAAAAAAAAAAAUAUUCCAGACUAAGUUUUUAACGUGAUUAGUUAAAUCCCCAAUUAUUCUGUAUUAGAACAAUUUUACAAGCGCAAAUUAAACUAAUAUUUCUAAAGAGUAAUACAUUGUGUGUACAAACAAUCUUUGCUCGCACAAUUUUUUUAGUAAAUCUCAAAGUAAGUUAUAACGCCCAUACUACUGUUAAAUUUUCUUCUGUGUCUACAUUAUAGAAUCCUAUAAUGAAUAAGCCUUGCAUCCUAUGGUGUUGUAAAAACGGGCCUAAGACUCUUGGCGAAAUUUCUUGAAAAUCGAAAAAAAAUUCUAUGGUUAGAGGCGUAAAGCGACAUUUGGGCGACAUUAGAGAGACAUUAGAGAGACAUUAGAGCGACUUUAGAUUGGCAUUAAAGCGGCAUUAGAGAGAAAUUAGAGCGACAUUAGAGCGACAUUAAAGCGACAUUAGAUUGGCAUUUAAGCGACAAUAGAGCGAAUUUAAAGCGACAUAGCCACACAAUUAUUUUCGUUGCUACUUCAUAGCUGUAAGGAUAUAUGUUUUCAGAUGGUCUUAGGCGACCCCUGGAAAAGGGUCCCGCGACCCCCACAGGUUUAGAACCGCUGCCUUAGAGCGAUAAACAAGUACUCGAAUGCCCAUUCUUACAGUACAUUUCGUUAAUUCGAUGUUUUGAAACCAUUGACAAAUUUACAUAUCUAUUAUUAGACGUUAUUUAAGGAAAACUAAAUGCAUCAUAACUAGUCUAGUUUCUUAAAGUGUCAUAUUUUUUAAAUAGUUUUAUUUAGAUGUGUCAAGCAGGUUUAUAACAAACGUUUGAGGUUUCAUGGGUAUAAAUUAUGUAGGUAUAAAUAUUGAAACAAUUACAACGGCAUAUAAAGAUAGUAUCUUGUUCUGCA